AAGUUGGCUAAGAUCGUCAUCUUAGCUACGGGGAAGUUGCCUCUUUUUGCCUUUUUUUUUUGCCCUCCAUCCCUUGACACCCCUUCCACUACACCUUCGUGUGCAUCUGAUAUAUCAGUGGAGAUAUAACUAUUUGCCAACUUCUUACAUAUCUCGCAAGAAGUGAGAAAUGGAAAAACUUAGAGAUUAUAUCCAUUUUGGGCGAAAUAGAGCCUCAUCUGAAUUGGAAAAGGAUGUCUCCGCUCAACAUGCAGAGGCCCAAGCCGGCCAGUUCGUGGAAACUCCAAUCCGAUGGGUGACAUUGCACUCAGUUAUCAUGGGGAUGUUCGUCUCCAUGGGUGGAUUUCUCUUUGGCUAUGAUACCGGCCAGAUUUCUGGAAUCCUGGCCAUGGAGGAUUUCUUGAAAAGGUUUGGUGAGAAAGACGCCACCGGGGAUGGCUAUCAUUUCAGCAACGUUAGGUCUGGUUUGAUCGUGGCAAUACUUUCUGUCGGUACUUUGAUGGGCGCGUUGAUUGCUGGACCCAUUGCAGACCGACUGGGGCGGAAGUGGUCAAUAUCUUCAUGGUGUAUUGUGCUCGCUGUCGGUAUCAUUGUCCAAGUGGCUUCAGAAGCACCAGACUGGUGGCAAGUUGUUAUUGGUCGUUGGAUCGCUGGUCUUGGAGUCGGUGCUCUCUCGCUCCUGGUACCCCUAUACCAGGGUGAGAGUGCCCCUAAGCACAUCAGGGGUGCUAUGAUCAGUACCUAUCAACUCUUUAUUACCUUAGGUAUAUUCGUCGCAAAUUGUAUCAACUACGGAACUGAGGGAAUUGACAACACUGGCUCGUGGAGAAUUCCGAUGGCGGUCACUUUCCUUUGGCUUCUCAUUCUAGGGUUUGGAAUGAUGUUCUUCCCCGAGUCCCCACGGUAUGCUUACCGCCAAGGCAAGAUCGCGGAAGCAAAGAGAACAAUGAUGAAGUUCUACGGAAUUCCUGAAAAUCAUAAAAGGCUACAUGAAGAAUUCGUCGAGAUCCAGCAAAAGUACGAAGAGGAUAUGGCUGCCAAAGAUGAAAGUUGGUGGCAAAUGUUCCGUGCGCCCAGAAUGAGAUAUAGGCUCCUGCUUGGCAUCAUCCUUCAAGCACUUCAACAGCUGACCGGUGCUAAUUACUUCUUCUACUAUGGCACCGUUAUCUUUAAAGGCGCUGGCGUCGAGAACAGCUAUGUAACUCAAAUGAUUCUCGGAGCUGUCAAUUUUGGCAGUACAUUUCUCGGUUUAUACAACAUUGAACACUUUGGCCGCCGCAAAUCCUUGAUCGUGGGUGCGGGGUGGAUGUUCAUUUGCUUCCUUAUCUUUGCAUCUGUUGGCCACUUCGCUCUGGAUUUGGAGCGCCCCGAGAGCACUCCCAAGGCAGGCACUGCCAUGGUUGUCUUCGCCUGUCUGUUCAUUCUUGGAUUCGCAAGUACAUGGGGCCCCAUGAUCUGGGCCAUCGUCGCAGAAUUAUACCCAUCUCGCUACCGUGCACGAUCAAUGGCUCUCGCCACCGCGUCUAACUGGCUCUGGAACUUCCUCAUCGGCUUCUUUACCCCCUUUAUCACCGAGAAGAUUGAUUUCAGAUACGGCUAUGUUUUCGCCGGAUGUCUGUUUCUCGCAGCGGCCACUGUGUAUUUCGGGGUUAUUGAAGGCUCGGGCCGCACCUUGGAAGAAUUGGAUACGAUGUAUAUUCUCAGGGUCAAACCAUGGCAGAGUGCCAAAUAUGAACUCCCGCCGGUUGAGGAGUUGCCUCUCGAAAAUCGAACGGCCGGCACUUCUCACGCCUCGUCUCAUGAAGAGGCUGAUCUGAACCCGCCAACAUCGGAACAGAAGAAUUAUGAUUAAAGCGAUGAUUAUCACAAAUGUUCAUAAAGUCAACUUCAGCGUAGGUUUAAGAAAGAUGUUUACCCUCUUUUCUCCCCGCUUGAUAAGGGCGUUGAGUCGAACACUGCAGAACUGAAAUUAAAUACAUACAUUUUUUAUAUGCAAUGCCAAUGUGGCAUAAAUGUGUCCCUCUUUGUCUUUUUCAUGCAUCAUUUCCCGAGGAUUAGCCCCCUCUCUUAGACUUACAUUAGAUUAGCUUGUUUGUCAUUCUUUAGCAUAUGUAUGGCAUAGCGAUGGACUCUCUUUGGAUAAUUGUGCUGUAGCCAAUUCAUGUAUGUAUAUUUACAUGGUCUGUAACUUGACUCUUCGUUGGACAAUCUAUUGAUCUUAUCAGAG